AUGGAUGCAUUACAAGCAUAUGGAAGUGACAGUGAAAUAUCAGAUGAUGAUGUUGUUAUGAAAGAUAUAGCUAAUGGAAAAUCGGCGUCGCUGAAUAUUAAUUCUUCGCUAGUGGUAAGUUUUUUAAAACUAAAUUUCGAAAAAUAUUAAAAAAAAUAUAAAAAUAGGUUGCACCAAGUGUUGAAACUCGCAGUGAUAUUCGACAAGUUGCAAUGAUUGACAGAAAAACGAAAGAAAUCAAAUCGAAUCCAACAUUUGAAGAGCUUUUCAAACCAGAAAGUGGACCUGUCAACCCAUUCAAAACUGAAAAACAAAGAGCACAGAAGAAUACACUUACUGGAUAUGUCGAACCUGCACAUUUUAAUCAAUUCCAUUUUGACAAAGAAAUCCGAAGUUUUGAUACUCUUGGAUAUGCGAGAAAUCCAACUGCAGAUCGAGGAACGGAAUUCGUUGGAGACACGAAAAAAGCAGUUGCUGAAGGAGGAGUCACAUUAUUUGAUUCGAAGAAAACUGGUGGAGAAAGAAGGAAACGAUUAAGAAAUGAUGAUCCGAGUGAUAUUGAUGGAUAUACUGGACCAUGGUCAAAAUAUGAAAAUGAGAAAACAAUUGCAAAACCAACGCCAGAAUUGCAAAAAGAAAUGGAUGCAUUUGUGAAAAAGAAGCAAGAAAAGAGUCGACGAUAUAAGAAAGAGCAAAAAGAUAAUGAACAAAUGGCUGAAGAAUCUUCUGUAUUACAUAGUAAGUUUUUUCGCGCAUUUCUUUCAAAAAUUAUCCAUUUUUUAGUCAAAGAUGCUGAAGACUAUCAAGGUCGAUCAUUCUUGGUUCCACCGAGUUUUACUGGUGUCAAUCUUCGAGAAGACUAUGUUCCUGAAAGAUGUUAUAUUCCCAAAAAACUCACUCAUACCUACAGAGGACAUUCGAAAGGUGUCAAUUAUCUGCAAUGGUUCCCGAAAAGUGCACAUCUAUUUCUUUCUUGCUCAAUGGAUACAAAAGUGAGUUAAAGAGUGUCUAGAGAUUAGAUUUUGGUCGAAAAACUGAUUCGACUUCCCACCGGAAUUGACUUUAAAAAAAUGAAGAAUCAGAAUUUUCAAAAUUGUUUUCUAGAUCAAACUUUGGGAAGUAUACGAUCGUCAACGAGCUGUUCGAACAUAUUCGGGUCACAAAAUGCCUGUUCGAGAAGUGGCUUUCAACAACGAUGGAACACAAUUCCUAUCAGCCAGUUUUGAUAGAUAUGUAAAAUUAUGGGACACUGAAACCGGACAAGUUGUAAAUCGCUUCCACACAGGACACGUUCCAUAUUGUCUAAAAUAUCAUCCAGAUGAUGAUAAAAAUCACAUGUUUUUGGUUGGUAUGCAAAAUAAGAAGAUUAUCCAAUGGGAUUCGAGAAGUGGAGAAAUUGUGCAAGAAUAUGAUCGACAUUUACAAGCGGUUAAUUCCAUCACAUUUUUUGAUAAAAAUCGUAGAUUUGCUUCAACUUCUGAUGAUAAAAGUGUUCGAAUUUGGGAAUGGGAAAUUCCAGUGGACACGAAAUUGAUUCAAAAUGUCGGACUUCACGCAAUUCCAACAAUGACAAAGUCACCAAAUGGUGGGUUUUUAAUUUUUUUUAAAUUAGAGAAAAAACUAUAAGAAAUAAUUUGUUUAGAUAAAUGGGUCGUUGGUCAAUGUAUGGACAAUCGAAUUGUUCUUUUCCAAUUAAUCGAAGAUAAAUUGAGAUUUACAAAAAAGAAGGCGUUCAGAGGACAUAAUGCAGCUGGUUAUGCUUGUAAUGUUGAUUAUAGUCCAGAUAUGAGUUUCUUGAUAUCUGGAGAUGCUGAUGGAAAAUUGUUUGUUUGGGAUUGGAGAACUCAUAAAAUUGUUGGAAAGUGAGUUUUUAUUUGGAAAAUAUUUAUGAGCUAUGACGUGGAAACUCAAGAUAAAAACUAUUCUGAAGAAAAGAUUUUUCGAAUUUCUAAUUAGAAAAAUUGAUGUUUUUUCUUUAAUUUUCAAAUUUUCGAAAUAAAUCUAGAAAAUGGAAAACAAUAAACUUUGAAUUUCUAAAAAUAAAAAAUUUCAAUACGUGAUCAAACAAAUACUGUAAAAAUGAGUACGUGAAAACCUUUUUUUCAUUUCUAGAAAAAUCCAAUCGCGAUUUUCAGAUGGAAGGCACACGACAACACAUGUAUUGCAGCCCAUUGGCAUCCACACGAAAAAUCAAAAAUGAUAACCGCUGGAUGGGAUGGUCUUAUCAAAAUGUGGAAUUGA